UUCGUCACCGGACUCCACCCCCUUUUUUUACUCUCGCUCCAGCUUCACAGCAGCAGCAGCAGGUUAUCGGCUUGCCCUGGAGGAUUUGUGGGAUGCUGCUGAACACACCCUUUACAUUUCGCUGUCGCUUCGACUCAGCGUUGAGUCGGGGCAAAUAAGGGGGCAAAACCUUCCCCCACUAUGUGGCGUUGUACCGGCUGACUGCAUCUGCUUCAGGUAACUGUGAUGGCACAGUCAAAACUGCCUCUGCCACUGGCCAUUGUGGUGGUCCUCCAUGUGCUGCUGGCGGGACUUGUCUAUGCUGAGCCCGAGAUGGACCCAUACAAAAUAUUGGGAGUAACGAAGAGGGCAAGCCAGGCAGAGAUCAAGAAGUUCUACAAGCGUCUUGCUAAAGAAUGGCAUCCUGACAAAAACAAAGAUCCGGGUGCUGAGGACAUGUUUAUAAAGAUUACUAAAUCUUAUGAGAUCCUGUCCAAUGAGGAAAAACGUGCCAAUUACGACCGUUACGGGCAGAUGGAUGAUACUCAGCCAUAUGGCAACGCUCACUAUGGCCAUCGCCACGAUAGCUUUUACUUCGACGAGUCCUUCUUCAACUUUCCCUUUAACAGCAAGAAUCACAGAGACUUUGCUGACAGCAAGUACACAUUACACUUUAACCAGUACGUUAAUGACGUGGUGCCCGACAGCUACAAGAGACCGUACCUAAUAAAGAUCACCUCUGACUGGUGCUUCAGCUGCAUCCAUAUUGAGCCCGUCUGGAAGGAGGUGGUGCAAGAGAUGGAGAGCCUAGGUGUUGGAGUAGGUGUGGUGGAUGUAGGCUAUGAGAGACGGUUAGCCAAUCACCUCGGUGCUCACCGCACUCCAUCGAUACUCGGAGUCAUCAAUGGCAAAGUGACAUUUUUCCAUUAUGCUGUUGCGAAGGAGCACCUGAGGCAAUUUGUAGAAGAUCUGCUUCCUCAGAGACUUGUGGAGCGGGUAACUGACAAGAAUGACCUGCAGUUCUUGAACAGCUGGCACGAGCUCAACAAGCCUCACGUGCUUCUGUUCGACCAAGUGCCUGCUGUUCCUCUGCUAUAUAAAUUGGCAGCUUUUGCUUAUAAGGACUACUUGCAGUUUGGCUAUGUGGACCAGGGCCUUUCAGAGACUGCUAAUCUGCAAAAACAGUUUAAUAUUAACACUUAUGCUCCGACCAUGCUCGUCUUCAAAGAGAACAUUGACAAGCCGGCUGACAUUAUACAGGCAAAAGGAAUGAAAAAGCAAAUUAUUGACGAGUUCAUGACAAACAACAAGUUUCUCCUCGCACCACGGCUGGUCAAUCAGAAGCUCUUUGAUGAGCUCUGUCCUGUCAAACAGUUUCAUAGACGCAGGAAAUAUUGUGUCCUGCUGAUCACGGGUGAUGAAGAGAUCUUUUCCUUUGGGAAUCAGGCGUUUCUCUCAUUUGCUUCUACCAAUACCAGGGAAGUUGUGAGGUUUGCCUAUGUCUACCAACGGCUACAGCAACCGCUUUGUGACAUCCUCACACAAAACAAGGACAGUGUGCAGUCGCAACCACAGGUGGUUAUCCUUGAGCGACGUAAUGCUGCAGGAAAAGCAUUUUUCAAGCCAGUUACCGCCUGGAACGGCAGUGAGGAAGACAAGCAGUGUCUUCAAGAGGAGCUGGAGCGACUACAGAAGGAUCCAUCCAUUCUCAUCCAUGACGCCAUGCUGCCUGAACUCAACAAUGAGUUUGCCUCUAUGUUUAUAAUCCGAUGGAUCUAUGCAUCUUACGAUUACCUCUCUGAAGUCAUUGAUGAUAUUCUGCAUAACAACUGGCGUGAGAUGAUGCCCCUUCUGUCCCUCAUCUUCUCUGCCUUGUUCAUCUUGUUUGGGACUGUGGUCAUUCAGGCCUUCAGUGACUCGAGUGAUGAUAAGCAGACAAAACCAAAGGCAAAAGAUGGAACAAAAGCAGAAAAUGGGUCAUCAGGGAGCAGUAGUACAUCAAGUCGGCCUCCCAAGAAGAAUUUUGUGGAGGUGACUGAGUUGACAGAUAUCACCUACGUGAGCAACCUGGUGAAGCUGAGGCCAGGACACAUGAACAUAGUGCUAGUGCUCACUGAUGCCUCCAAGAACAUCCUCCUUAGCAAGUUUGCCAAGGAGGUCUAUUCUUUCACUGGGAGCCUGACACUACAUUUCUCCUUCCUGAAUCUUGACAAGCACAGCGAGUGGAUGAACACACUGCUGGAGUACACCCAAGAUGCAAUGCAGAUUGAUGCCGACGACGACGAAGGGGCAAACCGCAAGAUGGACUACACCGGCUACGUGCUGGCACUUAACGGUCAUAAAAAGUACCUGUGUCUGUUUAAGCCCGUCUACACCGGGGAAGACCUCGACAGCAAGUCGUCCGAGGAUGAAGGAGCCGCCUCUGGGGGGAGGUCCAGGUCCAGGUCCCGCGAUGACCACCCACCACGUAAAUCCAACCGAGCUCGCAGCAUAUCCACCCUGCAGAUCCACCACAAACUGGACCACCUGGGGUUGUGGAUGGAAAGGCUGAUGGAAGGCACUUUGCCUCGUUACUACAUCCCAGCCUGGCCAGGACUUGACAAAAUCACCCCCAAUAAAUAGAUGGCAGGUGAAAGACUUAGUAUUUAUCUGCUGUAACACUGAAAUGGUUUCAUUCAUUACUGAAGUUUUUUUUCUUUUUGCACUUGAGAUAUAUAUUAAGUACAGAUUUUUCCUAAGUUGGGCCAAAAUUAUAAACUUGGCUUUAGUCUAACUACUGUGGAGGAGGCCUUUUAGCGUACCUCUAGUACUCGUUGCAUGCUGUAUUUUUUUUUUAACUGCUGUUAGUCAUAUUUUUAUUCAGGCAAAUGCUACUUCAGCCUUGUGAAGAGGAAACAAAAUCACUGUGGUAACGUCUACAAUCUGGAUUUCAUGGCCAUAAAUCAUAUUUACUCACACUAUGAACGAGGCCGAUAGAAGCCUUAGAGUCAGGUUAUAGUCUGUCAGAGAUAGUUCGCAAGACGCUCCAGGACUUCUAUAGGCUUGGACUCAGUUGUACACUUAAAAUGUGGCACAAAUAGUAGUGUAACAGAUUAAAUUAGGAAAGCUUUAGAGAGAAGCUCAAUGUCAGCUGCUCAAUGUCAGCUGCCCAACUGCAGCGUCACAUUUCACUUCUGCAAAGUUAGACAAACAGGGGGAAGGAGUUUGAAACUUUCACUGAUGAAUACUGUGAAAAGAGAUGCGUCAACCCCACAUUAAAUAUCUUUGCCUUUGUAUGCAUCUCACUCUAAGUUUAUACAUUAUCUCCAUCGUGCUGACUAUUCCUGUGCAAUAUACAUGUCAUGACAAUGCCUUUUACCCUGGACCUCGAGGCAUGCUCCUUUUUUUUCCUUGUCGCUUUUUUGUUAUGGGGUUGUUGAUACACAGAAGAUUUAUUCAACAACCUUGGCCUACUUAGAAAUCUUAGCCAGUAGCUUCAUGUAGCAAACAUGAUAAACAGGCUCUCCGUUUCAUCUUCUGAAUGUUUUUCAACUGGCUGAGGCUGACUAACAUGCCAUCUUAAAUUACAUACCCAACUGAAAGUGGAACUUAGGUUAUGCUUGCCGAGUUUAUACAUUUUGUUUUGUUCACAUUCAAUGUAAAAAAAAAAAUACUGUUACAAUACUUUUGUUGGUACAUAGUGAUGUGAAUAUUGCACAUAACCAUGUUAUCUAUACGACAUGUAUUUUAAAAAUGACUUUGUUUGAAAGAUACAGUGAAUGUUUUACACUACUGAGACUACAGUUACUUGUUUGUUUUU